CGGAAUCGGCGGUAGCCUACACGUGGGACUGAACUACUCUCCUGUUACCGACGGUACCAGGUAGGGGGAUUCCGCCAAACAUGACUCAAUCAUUUACUCUCGACAGCCGCCGGGACACUAUUGUCGAUUUGCGUUGUGAUUACAUACUUCCGCACAGUACUGUAGGUGAUUUACCUAGGUCACUCACCUACCAGUGGAAGCGGAAGCGCAAACGCUUCUCCGUCUUCUUUGCCUCGCGUGCUCUGCGGAUCCGCCGCAUUAACUUGGUAGUGUCGUGCAGUAUACAUGUCCCAGUUACAAUCUCCCAGGAUCGAGAUGGUGAAGGAAUGACACGAGAGGUGUGUCAAGAUCGAAUGAAAAACAAAAAAACCGACAGCCAGCUGAAAGGAAACCUGCGUAGAUGACACUACCUAGAAUUUCUACAUGUUACCACCUACCCUGCACAGAUAUCUGUAUUGCGACACCCCGAGAGCAUAACCACAACACGCGGGCAUCCAAAGAGGAAGAUCAAAAAUGUCUUGACUCGAUCUUCGGGACUUGGUCGCCAAAUCAUUCUCGACAUCCCAGAAUGCAGAAACCCGGACAAGAAAUUAACUGGAUACGAAAAUUGUUUUUCGUUUUGGGACGUUGGCAUUACCAAUACAUACUACUCUUUCUCCAUUGUGGGAAAAGAAAAUCGAGUCUUAUAGCUACCUAUAAGCAAAACAUGCAAAAUACAUCCGGGGUAUCAUGAACUCUCGUU